AUGAAUGCCGAUAUAUAUGACGGAAUGACGUUGGCUUGGCAUUCGCCACUUGUUGAGCUCGAAGUUGAGGUCGCGGUCGGUCUCGUGCAAUUGAGAAGGUUCUCGUGGAAGAUUUUUGAGAAGGACGAUAGGACCGAGCGAAACGAUUACAAGCCAGACAAAAAUAAUUGUAGCAGCAUGACACAGGAACAUUUGAUCGAAUUCAGUAGUGCACUGGACCCGCCUGACCUCUAUGCAGCUGAUUCUUUGGAUUCAGAUGUUCAGUAA